AGUAAUGGCUGUGAACCAUUGAGCGUCACUCAGCUGAUCCUACUUUGUGGCUGUGGAACAAAAACAGGAGUGGAUUUGAUUUUGAUCAUUUCGGUUUGGUGUUUUGAGAAGGAAGAAAUAAUUAAAACUGAAUUAGAUAAGAUUACACGAGUCAUAACAUGUUCAUAAGUUUAAUCGGUUGAAAUUCAGAUCAUUGAUCAGUCAGUACAUAGCUAUUUGUUAAAAUACCGUAAUGAUAGUUUAUCUCUUGAUCACUUCUCCAUAGCGGUUAGUAAUUAUACGUGUUUUUACUGGUUUAAAUAAAACGUUCAUCGGUAAAAUACUUCAAAUCAAACUUUUAAAUAAGAGUUCUCUAUUAUGGAGCCAACAGCUCAAGACGUUGUGGAUUUACGUUCCAGAAUUCUUCAAAAACUGGAAAGUGAGCAUGGAUCUGCAGAAGGCUCAUUCCAUCCAGCUGAUAUGUCUCGCAUUUUGGACUCUGAUGACUGGCUCAACCGAAUCCUGGUUCAUCAUGAUUUGGAUAUGAAAGAAGCUCUAAAUAUGGUCUUUGAAGCUUGCCAAUGGAGGAAAGAUAACAAAGUGAACGAAAUCUGUGAGCAGAACAUCAAUAUGGACUACAUGAAGGAAGGACACGUUUUUGUGAGGAACAGAGAUUUGGAUGGGAAAAGCCUUCUUAUAUUCAAAUGGAAGAAACAUGUGAAAGGAAAAUGGGAUUUUGAGGAAAUCAAACGCUGUGUCAUCUAUUGGUUUGAACGUCUUGAGAGAAUGAAUAAUGGCGAUCAAAUAACACUGUUCUUCGAUAUGGCUGAUUCUGGCCUCAACAAUGUAGAUAUGGAAUUCACCAAGUACCUUAUUGGAUUAUGCAAACUGUAUUAUCCAAACUUCCUAAAUAAUAUACUCAUUUUCGAAAUGCCUUGGAUCUUGAACGCCGCUUUCAGGGCGAUCAAAGCGUGGUUGCCUGCUAAGGGUGUUGCCAAACUGAAGUUUGUGCAGAAGUCCAACCUGAAAGAAUACGUGAGUGUAGACCAGGCGCUAGCCUCGUGGGGAGGUCGUGACUCCUACGUCUUCGAAUUCGAGCCUGAAUCAGCUGACAGUCUCAGUGCGCGCUUCGAUGAUAGCAAGAAAAAGGUUCACUUCGCCGAUGGAUCCCCAACUACUGUUACCAGUCCCUCCGGAUUCGGAGAUAUCAAAUCUGAAGAAGGAUUUCCCAAUAGUGAACCACUGCUACAGAUCACACCCUCCGAUCAUAUCUCUUUCAGUCAGGAAUGGUCUUCAGAUUUGAGCGGCUCAGCCAAGAUUACCAACAUUGCAGAUUCCAUCACAACCUUCAAGAUGAAAACUACAUCACCGGAAAAGUUCCGAGUUCGACCCAGCUAUGGUGUGCUAGCGCCCAACGCCUCUCAGGUUGUCAACGUUUCAUUGCAGCCAGGAUAUUCGGCACAAGGUCUAAUCAGGGAGAAAUUCUUGAUACUCAGCUUUCGAACCGAUGUUGAGAACCCUAGUGAUGUAGCAGAGCUGUGGAAGAAUGUGGAAGGUAAAGAGAUACACCAGACGAGACUGAAAUGCGUGUUGGGCACUUCGAGCCAGAAUGGUUCGGCAUAUGGCGUGACGUCAUCAUCACGUACAACCGAUACUGAUUCCGCAAUUAUUAGUCAAUUAUUGUCUGCGGUGAAUCAUCUGACCGAAUCCAACGAGAAAAUCAGGGCUGACAACGCCUACAAUCGACUACUGCUGAAAAUCUCCAUGUUUUUCAUCGUACUUUUGGGCGUGGGACUGUUUUUCGUUAUGAAGACUGUUCAAACUAUGUCGCCGAAAACAAACGCCGAAUCUUGUGAAAUGUCCUAUGCUUCUGAAUACGAAUCCCAAUACAGUCCUGGUUAAUCAUCUAAAUUAUUUUGUCCGAUGUCGAAAUUGUAGCAGAGAUAUUUUUGUAAAACUUCAAUAGAACGUGGAAAAAAUUAUUUAAAAAGCAAUAUGUAUGGCAUAAGUAUGCCAUAGAGAAUUAUGUAUGGAAUAGUAUUGGAAAAGUUUUUGAAUUCUUGUUGAGCAUAAAGCAAUCAAAAUUUGAUUUUUUUGAAAUGCUACAGAGAGUUAUAUUUUCUUUAAUUUAGUGCCGGUUGCACAAAAGCCGGUUGAAUUUUAAUCCUAAUUAAUAAUUUAUCUGAUUGCCAAUGAAUUGCAACCAGAGGAGUUUAUUAACAAAACAUAUACAUAAUUAUUAUAUUAUACAUAUACAAAAUUUGCUUGUACUAAACUUAGUUCUAAUUAUGAUACGGUAAUCGGAAAUUAGGAUACGGUAUUGUAAUACGGUAUUAUAAUUCCCGGAGAACCAAUCAGAGAAUCCGCCUUAUCAAAGAGGCCUACUCUGAUUGGUCUCGUGAAAUUAAUCACGGUUAAAUUUUAACCAGCUUUUGUGCAACCGGACCUUAGAGGUUAAAAUUAAUCUGUUUUUAGUGUUGAAUAGGUUUGUAGUAGCAUUGAUUAAUACAAUAAUUUUGUUUCGUUAUUUUCUGUGAAAAUUUAUCAGUUUCCUUUAUCAUUUUGUAUAGGCUCACUUCUCAGAUUUGCCAAAUUCAGUUUCCCGCACACCACUGCGUUUCGCAAGACGGCACGGGAGCGGGAGAAACUUUAGACCGUUGUUGAAUGGUUGAAAUCGUCGCAGUCCCGUCCCGUCAUGCGAUUCGCAGUGGUAUGCGAAAGGCUGUAUUUGGUAAGGUUGUUUUGAGGUGUAAGAAACAUGACCAAUUUAAUGCUGAGACAUUGUUAUAUGUGAUAUUAUUUCUGAUAUUACAAGGUCUAAUAAUACUGUCAACAUUUCUCUAAUGCUAACAAUAUAGGCUACACAUAGAAAAUAUUUCAUUUAUUCACUUGAAACUGUGAUUUUUCACGACGAAUCUUCUGAUUAAUAACAGAUAAUUUAGCUCGUGGUUAUAAUAUAUUAUAAUUAUCUUGUGGUAAUUAAUAAUUACCACAACUUUUCUUAAUUACACGUAGAAAAUAUUUCAUUUUUGAUAGAGCUUCUUAGCUCAAGAACUAUUUCAGAUCGAGGCAUUGUAUGAGGUUGAAAAAUAUUUCUAAAAAUUAAAUGAAAAGACUAAGAAAUUAUCAAAAAUUUAUUUAAUAUGAAUAAUUACCACAAUAUCAACUACAAAAAACAUUUCUAAAAAUGGUAUAAUUGAAAUUAUUUCAAGUUCAUGCGAAUUGGGCUUCAGUUCAACUCAUAGUCCAGGCUGCACAAAAGCCUGUUAAAUUUUAGUCUUGAUUAACUGCCACGAGAACCAAUCAGAGAAAGCCUUUCCAAAAUAGUCUUCUGUGAUUGGUUCCUUGCUAUUCAAUCACGAUUAGAAUUUAACAGGCUUUUAUGCAAUCGGGCCAUAAAGUCUUCAUCAAAGUUGGGAACUAUUCUUAUAAAUCGAAAGACAAGCCUCUAUUCUGAAUGAAGAUCAUAUUCACAAAUGAAUGAAUAAAUAUUCAAUAUUUAUUUCUCUUGAAUUGUAAUUCUUUGUUUAAGCUUUACUAUUUUAGUAGUGAUUAAAAUUUAACAGGCUCUUGUGCAAUCGGGCCAUAAAGUCUUCAAAAGUUGAAAACUAUUCUUAUAAAUCGAAAGUGAAGCCUCUAUUCUAAACAAAGAUCAUAUUCACAAAUGAAUGAAUAAAUAUUCAAUAUUUAUUUAUCGUAAAUAGUAAUGCUUUGUUCAAGCUUUACUAUUUUAGUAGUGAUUAAAAUUUAACAGGCUCUUGUGCAAUCUGGCCAUGAAGUCUUCAUUAAAAAUUAUUCUUAUAAAUCGAAAGUAAAGCCUCUAUUAAUUCUGAAUAAAGAUCAUAUUCACAAAUGAAUGAAUAAAUAUUCAAUAUUUAUUUAUCGUAUAUAGUAAUUCUUUGUUCAAGCUUUACUAUUUUAGUAGUGAUUAAAAUUUAACAGGCUCUUGUGCAAUCUGGCCAUGAAGUCUUCAUUAGAAAUUAUUCUUAUAAAUCGAAAGUCAAGCCUCUAUUCUGAAUAAAGAUCAUAUUCACAAAUUAAUGAUAAAAUAUUCUGUUUUUCUUUCUAUUACAUAGUAGGCUAAUUCUUUGUUUAAGUUUUACUAUUUUAGUAUUUAUCUGUGAUUUAACCGUUUACUAUCACUAGUACUUGUGUAUAUUUGUCUCAGUAUGCUGAAGUUUUUUUAUUAGAAGUUGAAACCAUCUUUGUUAUAUGUAAUAUAGAUUUGUAUCACUAAGGUGCUUUGAAAAAUUAUUUAAUAUGCGAGUCUAUAGGCCUAUUAAACUAUUAGUAAGAGUGUCAGACUUUUAGAAUAUUCUAUUUCUGUUAAUUACUAUUAGUACUACAAAUUAGUAUUUGUUUUAUAUUUUGGUAGAAGAUCAAUUCUGUUAGUAUAGAUGUAAGCAUUCAUCUAUUGAUAUUUCUUAUCCUAAGCAUUUUACAAGAAUAAUGAAAGUGGUUGAUUUUAUUUUCUGCUUAAUACAGUAUUAAUAAAUAAUUAUUUUUUC